AUGCAGUCGGAAGCCGAGCCUUCCGAUGCCGAAGAUGGUCUGCCCUUGACAUUCUUUUGGAAAGGGGUGGAUGGAAGGUCUUCGGGGCAGCUUGGUGAAAAUGCUUUGCCUUGCGAUCUCCUUGAGGAUGCCUCUCAGGCCGCAGGUGUGGCACACGGGGAGCAUCUGGAGAUAAACUCAGUUGAUGGGGCUUUUUCUGCGAACUUAGAUGUUUUCGAGGAAGAUGUUUGGUCCUGUGGGAAUUCCGCUGCGGAACGAGACUGGUAUAAAGUUGAUUUGUCGGAAGAUGGUGCUGCUCUGCCUUCAGAGGAUUCAGUGGGCCUUCCGGCUGAAGCUCAUGGUUUGGGCUUGUCGUCUGCGGCGGCAGGCUCUUCUGCUGCUUCUGCUAGAAAUCUGGACAGGUCGAUGGCGGCAGCUUUCCAAACUUUGGAUGUGCGGGAUCAGCUUUGUGAACUUCCCACUGACGAUGAAAGGAAGGCCAUGACUUACGAUGUGCUGGGUGCAAAGGCCCCGGGAACACUUCGCAAGAGGUUAAGGAGUCUCUUGAAGUAUGAAGCUUUCCUUCGUCAGAAGAAGCUGGUUUUCCCUGCAAACGAGAUUUUACUUUACAUGUUCCUCUGUCUUGAAAGGGAUGGGGGUGCCAGCUUAUCUUCGCGAAAGGCUACGUAUGAAGCAGUGGUUUUCUGCAGAUACGUCCUGGGGGUAGAGGAGCUGGACCUAUGUGUCAAGAGCAGGCGUUGCCUUGGCAAUGCGUGCCGUGGCGAGGUGAGGCCGAGGAACAGGGCUUCGCCGCUAACGGUAGAUGAGCUCUCCCUUCUGCACGACCGGCUGGAGAACGCACAGGACCCGUGGGACCGCGUUUUCGCUGGAGCAGUUUUGCUGUGUGUAUAUUCGCGGUCAAGAUGGUCAGACCUGAUGCAUGCAGAGGGAAUUAUUUAUGAUUAUGACAACCAGAAAAAUCUUGCCUAUGUGGAGUGCCCCGUGGCAUACCAUAAGAAUAUGAGGAGCCGAGUUAUGCGGCAUGAUCUGCUUCCUAUGGUGGCUCCUGGCCUGGGAGUUGCGGGUUCCAACUGGGCGAGGCUGUGGAAACUUGCUAGAGAGGAACUCAACAUUCCAGAUCCUCCAGAAUUUCCUGUCAUGCCGGCGCCGGAUAAGUCUGGUGCUGCUAGUGUCAGGCCGCUGGACACUGAGGAGAUGGGCAGGUGGCUGAGACAUCUGCUAACGGGUUCGGGAUCGAAGCAAGCUGACAGAAAGCUAUCAUCGCACAGCUGCAAGUGUACCAUGUUGAGCUAUGCGGCAAAGAGGGGAAUCAGCAUAGUCGACAGGCAGCUGUUGGGAUAUCACACGACGCCGCACCGCAUGGCCCUGACAUACUCCCGUGAUUCUGCAGCUCAUCCUUUGAUGAUCUUGGAGCGGAUGAUCAAGGAGAUAAGGGAUCGAGUUUUUCUUCCAGAUGAGACUCGUAGCGGGCGCUUGGUGGGCAAAGCCGCUGACUCGCAGCAGCGGACAGAGGUAGUUGUGAUAAAGGAGGAACAUGACCCGCCCUCUCCUAGCGAAGGGGCUGAUGCUGCUCAUAACCUUGCAGGCGAUGAGGAAGCCCUCGACGCUGAGGCCACCGGGCAUAUCACUACGGACUCUUCCUCCAGCGACUCUUGCCCGGAGGAGGCCGAGGGACCGUUCUCGAAGCUGGUAGUGAAUGUUCCCGAGGGUCAUGAUGUGUGGAGGCACGAGAAGUCGAGAAAGGAUGCGACUCUGCAUACCAAGUUGGAGGCACAAGGCAUCAGGUGCUUCAAGACAUUGGCUUUCGCGAUAGGGUCGCCUCAGCAGCCGCCUACGGAGGCUCAGUUUGACGAAUUCAGUGUGAAGGUGUACGGAGUUGCUCCUACCAUGGGGCAAACCGCAAUCUUGCGGCAUCUGCACUUCGAGGCCACGACUCUAGUGGUUCAGACUUACAGGGACAUGGUCACCAACGACCCGUCUGAUCCAUCGCACACCAGGAAGGUUCCGGUUCCUGAAAAACGGGCCAGGCUGGAAUUCCAGAGGCGGCGACUUUCAGGAAUGGAAAUUUCUGGAGAGCUUGAGCCUUCGCAUCAGCUUCUUGACAUAGCAAAUCAGCAAUACGAGUCCGGAGUUCUUACUUGGAUCCCUGCGUCGAAAUGUGCCAAGAGGGAAGCUGAGGUCCUUGCAUUGGGCAAGGAUAGGAGCUCUUUGUUGCAGGUGGAACAAAACGUCAUAAAGGUGGGGCCUGGUGACCAGGCUAUCGCUUGUGAUGUUUCGGAUCCUCUGCGUUUUCAGUGGGCCAUGAUGCGAAGAGGCAUAGCUUUUGACAACUGUCACCUGCUGUCCUGGGAUGUGCAUCAGAGGUGGGUUCAGAAGAUGCUGGAUUGCCUUUCAGCAACCCCGCCACCGAGUUAUAGCCCAGUCAGUUUGAAUCAAUGCAUGCGUGCGGAUAAGGAGCUUUUUCUGCUAUUGGCCAGGGAGGCUGUGCCUCCUUUCAAGGUGGACUCGCUCGGGGUUUCGCCGCUUGAUGCAAAAUUUUCAGCAAUGAUGUAUGAUGUCCGUCUUCAGCAGUUCCUGUUGCCGCUUCCGAAGCAGACAGCUCCUGUCUUGGCAGUGCCUGUGGAUGAUGGGGACUGCACUUUUGGUGCAGCAGCCGCUGGAGAGCAGACUAGGCCGUUGGUGUACCGUGCUCUUGAGCAGGUGCGGGGACCGGCGGAAGGGUCAAUCUUGAAUGAUAAGACACUUCUUCAAGAGAAGUUGCAAGCGUUGAAGGCGAGGGCUCUUGCCUCGAUGAAGUCGCAGGUCGAGCCGAGGAAAUCUCCUUGUGAAGGCCAGGCGCAAAUUUCACCCAAGCCCAGCGGUCAGCUGGAAGUGCCAAUGGCAGUGUCACCUGAUACCCCUAAAUUUGGUUCUAGUCCUCGCCCAAAUAGGCCGCAGUUCACUGAUCCUGAAGCUCUUGCGAAGUUUCUCUUGCGGCAGCCGUCGUGCUUGACAGCCAGUGCAGCUCUGGAUCUUUUGGAGCUUUUGCCUCAGGAGGCGCAAAAUCCUCCUAGGGCAUCUCAGGGAUCGGGUGGAGCUCGAUUCAGCAUGGGCGUCUACCGGCGUGGCGGUAUUUUGGGUUUGCAUAGGACUAUUGACAUGUUCCCGUUUUCUAUCAAGGUUUUCAACCUGCUUGUGAGUCGGGUGUGCCCUGCAUUCAGUUACUCUUCACUUGCAAUCCAUGAAAAUCUUGCCUCAGGAUUGCACCGCGACGAGAACAAUCGUGAUGGCCCUACAUUGUUGGUGCCUUUGACGGACUUUGAGAACGGUGAACUUUGGUUUCAGAAGGUUGGAGGUGAUGUCGCUUCGUUGAAUGACCCUUCUUUGGAGGGAUGCCUGCUUGAUGUGGCCGCCGGCCCCACCUUUUUCUCGAAGCCUAAAGAUUUUCAUGAGACUAGGCCGUGGGAAGGUCGCAGAGUUGUCAUGCUUGCUUAUUCGGUGCGUCAGUGCGAGGAGCUCCGGCCUGAAUUACGAGCUGUCGCUGAGCGGCUCGGGUUUUCUGUGUCUCCUUUGGGUUUAGGCCCUUUUGUGGUUUCCUGGGACCCUAGGUGCCUCUCCCCUGUUAGGCCGUCGCAGCGUGAUGCCAGCAGUGUCCAGCAGUCGGCGGCGGGAAUGUACUUCGUUGAGUUGUGUGCUGGGACAGCUGUUCUUAGUAAGGCAGCUGCAAAGUUAGGCUUCCGGCCUUUUGCAGUUGAUUCCUCUAGAAGGCGGGCUGGUGAACAAGUUGUCAUCAUGGAUUUGAGUGAUCCAGCCCAGGCUGAAGCAGUUGUCGAUUUCUUGCGAGUUGAGUAUCAUCACGUCAUCUGUGUUUUCAUCUCACCUCCGGUGGGCACCGCAUCUUUCAAGCGUGAACGGCAUAAGCCGGGUUCUGCUGAACUUGAUUUGAAGAUGCCAAAUGCUUUGAGGUCGGCGUUGCAUCCGGAUGGCUUGCCGACUUUGCGUGGUCGUGAUAAACUCCAGGUUGAGCGUGCAAAUCAACUUUUUGAUCAGCUUGCAAACAUUGCAUGUGAGGCUUGUGAUCUUGGAAUCAUGACAGUCCUGGAGAGUCCUUCUAACAGCCGUUAUUGGGACACCUCCUUCUGUGCUAAGGUGACAAAUCAUGUGCAGGGUCACUUUGUAAAAUUCCAUGCCUGUGUGCAUGGAGGUCACAGACCCAAGUUGAUGCAGCUUUGGUCGUCACAGGACGUUUUUGGCAUGCUUGCGGGUCGCUGUGACGGGUCGCACGAGCACAAACCGUGGCAACCUUUCAUUUCGAAAAGGAAGCGGGUGAGCUUCAUCACAGCAGAUGAACCCGAAUUUCCACCGCUCCUCGUCGAUCGUAUCCUUGGUUGCAUCGUCCAUGCGCAUCCCAGCUUGUCCUUCGGGCCACGUGUGCUUGCGCAGGCAAUACAGGAUCCUUCUGCGAAUGUCGCCAGGAUAAAUCUGGGCACUCAACCCAGGGGAAACUCCUUGCCUUCGCUUGUGUGGGAGUUUGACACUACGUUGGAUUUUGUUGUGCCAGUGCAAAAUGACAAGCCGUUGGAAGCUGUGCUUUCUUCCCUUCCAAAGGGCUCCAGAAUCUUCUCGAGACGUGUGUGUGAGUGGGGUUCGCUGAAGAGUCUCCUCGAAGGAGUUGGCAAGCUAAAAACAAACAUCGUGGGCUUGGACCCUUUGCAUCCGCCUGCUUGUGCAGAGCUUGUGCAAGUCGGUGUACCGUGCUCUGAAGAUGUCUUUGUUGAGAGAGCUAUUGCGGCAGGACACCCACGGUCCUUGGCAGUCCAUGUUGAGCCUUUCGUCACAGUUAGUGCACGUGCUAACUUUGAGGCUCCCCCGGCAGAACUUGCGGCCUUCAGGAUUGAUGCAAUGAAGUUUUGGAUUGGUCGUGCAGGUGCCCUCAAGGAAAAGGAGCAGGAACUUCACCGAAAUCUCCCUGAUCACCUGCGGCCCAUACUUAAAGGAAAAAAGCUCUUGCUUCUCCAAGAGAUGAUGAGGGCAGCAGGGUGUGAGGAUGUUGACCUUGUUUCUGAUAUAUGCAAAGGUUUCAAGUUGUCGGGCUGGCUUCCUGCGUCGGGUGAGUUUGUGCCGAGGUCCAGAAGGCCCAAAUUCAGUGUCGAGACGUUGGGAGUUUUGUCGAAGGGCUUGAACAAAGCAACCUUGCAAAAGCUGUCCAGGAGGCAGGAUUCCGAAAUUGAAGAAUCCACCUGGGUUGAAACCCAAAAGGAGAUUGACGCAGGUUGGGUGUGGCUUGAGGAAGGGCCGGUUCCUGAGAUGGUCUCGAUUGCUAUGCGCUUCGGAAUCAUGCAGAACAAAUUGAGGGUCAUCGAUGACCUUUCUUGUUGCGGCCUAAACGCGACAGUGGGCUUGCUGGAAAAGUUUUGCUUGCAUACGAUAGAUAAGCUUGCGGCCAUGAUGGCUCAUGCUUUUGAUGUCGUGUCCGGUGUUAUGCCUGAGUGCUGCGGCCGAACUUUCGACCUUACGGCAGCGUACAAGCAAUUUGGUGUGUGUGCUGCUGACCGUGAAAGGCUACGCAUUGCUGUCAACAGGCCAGGCCACCACAAGCCGAGCUUCCUGGGCGUAAACGCCCUCCCCUUCGGAGGGGUGGGGUCGGUCGCUGCUUUCCUAAGGAUAAGUAUCGCCUUGUGGAAGAUCGGAAUAGUCCUUUUCAGGCUAUUCUGGUCUGCCUUUUUCGAUGACUACAGCAUAGUUUCUGCGAAGAGCCUGGAAUCGAACGCCCAGUGGACUGUGGAAACUUUGUUUGACCUGCUUGGUUUCCGCUUCGCCAAGGACGGGUCCAAAGCCGAACCCUUCGGAGUUACCUUCAACAUGCUCGGCCUCUCUGUUGAUCUGUCUUGUGUGACGCAGCGGAUUCUUCGUGUGGGUCAUACUCAGAAGCGAAAGGAAGAGCUCACCGAGUACAUCCAAACCAUCCUUCAGGAAGGAAAGAUCGACUCGAAGGCUGCCGAACGCCUUAGGGGUCGUAUGGUUUUCUUCGAGGGUUUCACCUUUGGAAGGGUUUCUAAUCGGGCUCAGCGAGUUGUUGCAAAGUGCGUGGAAAAGUCUGCCCCUCAGAAUCUUACUGAAGAUUUGAUGUGGGCGUUGACGUGGCUUCGUGAAAGAAUAGCCAUGAGCCAGCCUUUAGUUGUCGAGCGAAACCUCAUCACAACGCUGAUCGUUUUCACUGACGGGGCUUGCAAUCCAGAGGAAGGCACGGGAGGUGUCGGAGGCGUCCUUGUGAAUGCCUCUGGUACUCCGUGCGAGUUCUUCGGUGAGGCAGUUCCAAGCGAUUUGAUGCAGCAGCUUUUGAGCAUCAGUGCGAAUCCCAUUUUCGAGCUUGAGUUGAUUCCAGCACUGAUCAGCCUUAUCAUUUGGGCCGAUCGCUUGAAAGGAGCUCAAGUAGUGUUCUAUCUUGACAAUGAUGGUGCUCGCCAUUCUCUGAUCCGAACCUUUGGCGGUAGCUCACUCGCCAACUCUGUGAUUGAAUCUUUCCUUCAGCUUGAAACCACGUUGCAGCUGAAGACGUGGUUCGCUCGCGUACCGACUGCUUGCAACAUAGCAGACAAUCCCUCACGGCUGGAAUUUGAGCCUCUUUUAAAAAGAGGUGCUGCAAGGCGUGCUAUUCCGUGGGACCAGGUCAUGCCGUAG